AUGUCAGGAUCUGUAUACCGCCUCGAGACCCCCCGCCCCCGACCCCCGCCCCCGACCCUGCGUUUCCACAGCCCCUCCAAAUCGCCCUCAGCGCUGAGCCACCCCAUCCGCGAUACACAAACGCUCCUUUAUGAUCUCCCCGCCUCCUCUGUGAUAUCCCCCCCGACGAGUCCUCCAACGAAACGGGGCGUGGUGUCCCCCACGUCUCCUUCAUUUCCAGGCGGCAGGGCGCGAGGAAGGAGGAAUGGACGUCCUGGGCCUACCCCGCCCCCAUCCGCACGUCAUCGUUCCGUAACCCCCUUAGGCGUAUCGAGAAGCGAUCUCGAAAAGUUCACAGAACACUGUCGUGCAUGGUAUUAUAACCAGGACGAUGCCUCGGGCCGGCACAUGACCCAGACACUCGCCAACCUCCCUCCAGCUCAAUGUGCGCCCUACUCGCGAUUACAAGCCUCCAUCCGCUCCGCCUACCACGCCAGCGUCAAUGCCCGCCGCCACGCUGAAUUCCAAGCGCACCUCACCGCCACGCUGCCGGGUGGCUCGCUCAUGCCUCAUUCACGUGCGGAUCCGAGGGGGCUGGUGGCGCGGAAGGAGAGGUUGGAGCGGUUGGAUAGGUUUGUGAGGAGCUGGUGUACGAUGGGGAUGCCGGGGACGACACCUUUUUUCGAGGCUUUGUGGGCGAUCAUGAGGCUGCAAGUGGUCCCGGAGCAUCUCGGAGGGGCGGGAGGAAAUCGCAUACGAUGGGAACUGGAUGAUGCUGUGUUCAAAGAGGCAGCUGGAAAAAAUUUCAUGCUGGAAGCUAUUGAUGUUCUCAAAGGAGUCCUCGCCUUCGAAGAAGUUCCAUCCUCUAAAGGCGGGUCUUCUUCAAUCGGUGCAUAUCCGACCUCCCCUGCCAUACACUCACGCUCCCGUUCGCAACCCCUGCCAGCGAAUGAUAAUGAGCCUGGUCAGAAAGCCUCGCCCAUUUCCAUGGCUACCCACGGAAAACGUGCUCGAGCCCCCAGUGACCCAUUUUUAGACACCCCUCCCGCCCUCUCACACUCCCUCCCCUCAGCGUCUUCUCAAUCCUCCGGCGUCACCAUAUCUCAGCUCUCGUCUUCUUCGGUGUCUGAAGGUGUAGAGCACUGUAUGAGCCCUACUACCCCACACGAAGCUGACGAAGAUAUUGAAGUGCUGGCCCCGCUUCGUUCCGAGUUCGCGAUGGAAGAAUCCGAAGAAGAAUACCUGCGUAUCUGGACUUCGGCGGAUCUUCCCAACCCCGAAUACCUUUCACUGAUCACUGUCUUUCCUUCCUUUAUCACGCGGAGACCUUUACCCCGUUUUCCUGUUACCCCUAGCGCUCGUGCGGCAGACAUUGAGGAAGGGGAGGAUGAGAGGGGGGAAGGCAAAGAAAUACGUUUCGGAACUGGGAGUAUGUGGAUCAGUUCAAAACAACGUGGCGAUGACUGGAGAGGAGACUGGUGGACGAGAUUCAUCCUUUGGUGGCGAAGAUUGUUCUGCUAGUCGGUUGUUUCCAGCAUUUGUAACCCCCUUCUGUCUCGAUACCUGUUCACUUUUUUACCACUACAUACUGAACAUAUGUACUGUCUUUUUGUCUAUCGUCAUUCCUUUUCUUCUUCUUGCAUAUGCCUCACUGCCACAUCUUAUGUAUUGCUCGUAACGUAAAGGCUCGAGACCGCCAUUCGGACAUUCAUUAUUUUUUUUACCCUGCCUGUUCGUGCUACCUAACACGAUACCAAACGUACGCUCUUCGAUUCUCCCGUUUACCCUUUCAACCUUGACUAUUUUUCACUCCUCGGCUUUUCUCGUCUGAGCGUCAGCUUUUGGAUCUUAUCAUUUCUGAAUCUGCACCUCUCCCAUUUGAGAAAAGUCUCGAGAACCGUGUCAGCUUUCGACGGUGUUUUACGUCCCGUCUGUUGGAAUCGUCGCAGAUGCUAUAACCUAUCUUUGAAAUUCGCCCUGCACCAUGUGUCAGUGGACUAACGUGGAUGGACCAGGACAUGCAGGCUGAGAGCACGCAACGCCGGAUGUUUCGAGCCCGAGUAACCUAUCGUCAGAUUGGAUAUACUACCAUACGACAAACGACGGCCGUGC